UUCUGCCUUUGACACAAAAACUGGGUUGCGUGUGGCUGUAAAGAAGCUGUCCCGACCAUUUCAGUCUAUCAUCCAUGCCAAAAGGACCUACCGAGAGCUACGGCUACUUAAGCACAUGAAACAUGAAAAUGUGAUUGGCUUGUUGGAUGUGUUCACCCCUGCCAAGUCACUGGAAGAAUUCAAUGAUGUGUACUUGGUGACACACCUUAUGGGAGCAGAUUUGAACAACAUUGUGAAAUGCCAGAAACUCACCGAUGACCACGUGCAGUUCCUCAUAUACCAAAUUCUUCGGGGACUGAAGUACAUCCAUUCAGCUGACAUAAUACACAGGGAUUUAAAACCUAGUAACCUAGCUGUAAAUGAAGACUGCGAGCUAAAGAUCCUGGAUUUUGGCUUGGCCCGACACACAGAUGAUGAGAUGACCGGGUAUGUGGCUACCCGGUGGUACAGGGCUCCUGAGAUCAUGCUGAACUGGAUGCAUUACAACCAGACAGUUGAUAUUUGGUCAGUGGGAUGCAUUAUGGCUGAACUCUUGACUGGAAGAACGUUGUUCCCUGGUACAGACCAUAUUAACCAGCUUCAGCAGAUCAUGCGUCUGACGGGAACGCCCCCUGCAUAUCUCAUUAACAGGAUGCCCAGCCACGAGGCAAGAAACUACAUUCAGUCUUUGUCUUACAUGCCGAAAAUGAACUUUGAAAAUGUGUUUAUUGGUGCCAAUCCGCUAGCUGUGGACUUGCUAGAGAAGAUGUUGGUACUGGAUACAGACAAACGAAUUACUGCCGCAGAAGCGCUGGCUCAUGCCUACUUUGCUCAAUAUCACGACCCAGACGAUGAACCAGUGGCAGACCCCUAUGACCAGUCUUUUGAAAGCAGAGAACUUGAGAUUGAAGAAUGGAAAAGCCUGACUUACGAUGAAGUAAUCAGCUUUGUGCCACCACCGCUUGACCAGGAGGAGAUGGAGUCCUGAGAAACCUCUCUCUUCUGUUGUCCCACUUCACUGUGAGGGGAAGGCCUUUUCAUAGGGACUCUCCGAUUAUCGUUCAAGUGCCUCGUCACAACAAUAUUCUCCUUGGUGGAGGGGUUUUGUGUGUGUUGAACUGGGGAGGGUGGGGGGAGGGAAGAAAGCUGAGUCUAUGUAAACAUGCUGCAUGCUCUCUCGUAUUCUGUGUACAGCCUGGGGCAAGCCUCUGAAGACCUGUUCUGACUGCUCUUUAGUCCUUCCAGAGAAACAGUGCUCAACCAGUUUGCACUGCUGGGGCAAGGUGGGGAAGUUGGCAUUUAAAGUUUGGUUACAAUCGUUGCCAUUUAUCAAUUCUUCUACAAUUAAGUAACCUCAAAAUAAUGGAAGUUGUUUUAUAGGCUUAGAGAGUCCUCCGUUUUCUUCAGGACUGAAGGUGGGGUUGAGGGAUGUCCUCGUUCAAUGCCGGAUGGCUGAUUUACGUCCAGAUCUUCCUGGUACAGCAGAAUGUACAGGGCUUCUGAUGUCUGAUUCUUGGAACGUGAAAAGGUUUUGUUUGAAACUGUAAAUAUGUUUGUGCCUUAAAUGAAUGGGGAGAGGGGGGGAAAGGAAGUCUGGAGUGGAAAUCUCUGACCCCACUGGUUUUCAGGGUGAAGGCUCCCAGAUAGCCAGGCGUGAACUCAAUGUAAUCAGGAAAUAACUUUGCGAGGCAACAGCCUCUACCUCUGGAUUGGAUAUUCCUGUAUUUUUCCCUCUUCCCCUCCCUUCGUUCUGAGGCUUCCUAGCAUUAGGUCCUGAGAGGCAGAGGCCAGAGAAGAUUCUUGCUAGCCACACGUUUGUGUAUUUUGUUCCUUAAAAGGUGGGGUGUUUUUGCAUGUCAUAGCUGUGUGUGCAUGUAGAGCUGCUUGAUUUUUGUCGUUACUUUUUUGGGGAUGGCACUGGGGCAGUUUUAAAUCGUCAGUGAA